AUGAGAGCCGUCGCAUUCGCCGGACUGUUGGCCAUCAGCGUCCGGGCCCAGGAGAGUUGCCCCACGCCCAACUACACGACAGAUAUCGUUCCCGUCUGCCAGUCGAAUUUGCGCAUCAAGCUGCCCAGCUAUGCGGAUCCGACAUCCUAUUAUUCCUGCACCACGGGCAAGGCGGUCUUAACCAAAUGCCUAGCGCCAACGGGUUACUUCAGCUAUGUGCUCCAGGAGUGCUCGACCUGCGCCAAUUACAUACCGGCCGUCGAGUGCGGCCAGAUUAAGCUGGAUCUUGAGUGUCAGCCCAUUAGCGGAUCCGGCACGACCACCGCGGCACCACCAGGCGGUUCAACAACGGCGGCCCCAACCACGGUCACAACGGCGGCUCCGACAGGCGAUUCAACAACGGCAGCUCCGACCACGGUCACAACGGCGGCUCCGACAGGCAAUUCAACAACGGCGGCUCCGACCACGGUCGCCAGCACAACUGUGACGGCUGCACCCACAACGGUGACAACUGGGGCUUCGGACACGACGCUUGAUCCGGCUGCCAGCACCACGGAGGACGGCAACGAGCCAGCCGGAUCAACAAUUUCCAUACCAAAUCCACCGUCACCAAACGAUCCCAAUGUACCCGCACCGCCCACUCCGGCGCCCACGGUCGGCACCAUCGUUCCCGGGCCACCAACUAUGGACCUCUGAGCAUAUAUAUACAUAUAUAAACCAUA